AUGGCGAGCCGAACCAUUCCGGUCCUGCCAGUACCAGGAGAGCCCAACAAAUUGAUCCUCAAGGAGUGGCAAGAGGUAUAUGGCGGAAGCGCUGCAAAGGAGCAGAGGCGUCUUGAGGUCGAGAAGGCUGCUGCAAAGAAAGCGGCGAAGAAGGCAAAGAAAGAAAAGAGUCAGCAGUUAGAGAAGACUUCGACAGUUGAUCAAACAGUUGAUCAAAAGUUGAAGACUUUGACAGUGGCUGAGGCGAGCUAA